AUGACAAUUGAUUCAUCUUCAACUUUUGCUUUCGGAACUAGAGCUAUCCAUGUUGGUGCUCCUAUUGAUGCUACUACUGGUGCAGUUAUUGAACCGAUCUCAUUAUCCACCACUUUUGGUCAAUCAGAACCAUCAAAGCCAAUUGGUAUAUAUGAGUAUUCACGCUCAGCUAACCCUAAUAGAGACAACUUUGAAACCGCUGUUGCCUCUUUGGAAUCAGCUAAAUAUGCUAUUGCUUUGUCAUCAGGUUCAGCCACCACUGCUUUAAUUAUCCAAUCUUUACCCAUUGGAUCUCACAUUAUUUCUGGUGGUGAUGUCUAUGGUGGGACUCAUAGAUAUUUCACUAAAGUAGCUAAUCACCACGGUGUUGACGCCACUUUUGUUGGUGAUUUGGAAUCUGAUUUGGCCACUUCUUUGAAACCAGAAACUAAAUUGGUAUGGUUGGAAACACCAUCAAAUCCAACUUUAAAAGUUACUGAUAUUGCUAAAGUAAAACAAAUUUUACAAGACCACCAAUCAAGAACGGGAAACAAGGUAUUAUUGGUUGUUGACAACACGUUUUUGUCACCAUACAUCUCUAAUCCUUUAAAAUUUGGCGCUGAUGUUGUUGUUCAUUCCGUUACAAAGUACAUUAAUGGUCAUUCAGAUGUUGUUAUGGGUGUAUUGGCCACUAAUGAUACUGAUUUACAUGAAAAGUUUAGAUUUUUACAAAAUGCCAUUGGUUCAAUUCCAUCACCAUUUGAUUCCUGGUUGGCUCAUAGAGGCUUAAAAACUUUGCAUUUGAGAUUACGUCAAGCAUCCAACUCGGCACAAAAGAUUGCUGAAUAUUUACAAUCUAGAAUCGAAGAUGGUUCAGUAAUUCAUGUCAAUUAUCCAGGAUUAAAAACGCAUGAACAACAUGGGGUUGUUUUACGUCAACAUAGAGAUGGAUUGGGUGGAGGAAUGAUUUCUUUUAGAAUCAAAGGUGGAGCCAAAGGAGCUUCAGUAUUCACUUCAUCAACUAAAUUGUUCACCUUGGCUGAAUCACUCGGUGGUAUUGAAUCAUUGAUUGAAGUUCCAGCAAUAAUGACCCAUGGCGGUAUUCCUAAAGCAGAAAGGGAAGCAAAUGGAGUCUAUGAUGAUUUGGUUAGAGUUUCUGUUGGGAUUGAAGAUACUGAUGAUUUGCUCAAGGAUAUUGAACAAGCUUUACACAAGGUCAAGAAUUUGUAA